AUGGCAAGUUCUCAACCAACAAGAUUUUCGUUAAGUACUCGUUCUUCUGAUUUUAUCACUUGUGAAUCUAACCCACUUGAAACGUUAUUAUUGAAUCUUACCAACGAUAUUCCUACUGGUGUUAUUAAGCAUUUUUGUUCAUUAAUGUCUACCCCAGAAGAAUUAUUCAAUAAUACUUCUAUGAUUGUUGGAUAUUAUUUACAAGAGGGUUGUUUAAAACAAUUUAUUAAAUACUUAAUUGUAAGAGAAAUUGAAGAGUGUUUCCGUACUCCACAGGCAAUUUUUAAAAGAAAUUCAACAUAUUUAAGAGUGUUAAAAGUAAUUUUAGAAAAUGAAUUAAAACCCUUCUUUAAUAAAGCAAUGGAAAUUGUCUUAGUAAUUAUUGAAGAGAAUAAGUCUAAAUUAGUUAUUGGAAAUACAGGGGAUCCAGGGGUUGAAAAGUCAUUAGAUAAAAUGAAAGACAUUAUUUACAAAUUAACAGAGUUAUUUAUCACUUUUAAUUUCUCAAAUACAUUCCUUUAUUUUAUGUCUCGUGCUUUAGUUGAACUUCAUGCAAGAACUCCAAAUGUUGAAAUUAGUGCUUUAAGAGGACUAUUCUUUAUUCGUCUUCUUGGAAAUUAUUUAGUCUCCAAUCUUGAAAGUAAAAGUGCUGUUGAAGCUGAAUCAUUAAAAACUGUUUCAGUAGUAUUGUCAUGGUUUGCUGAACCAACUGAAGAGGAAAUAUCUGAAGAUAAUUGGAAAGCAUAUUUAAAAGAAUUUGCCUCUGACAAACGACAAAGCAUUGAUGAACGUAUUCUUCAAUUUAAAAAUCCUGAUAUUGACUCUAUAGAAAUUGAUUUACCAUGGAUUGAUAAAGAAAAGGCUAAAGAUUUAUUACCAAGAAUGCAAGUUGAAUGGAGAAAUGUUGUUCAAUUUGUUACCUCAGAGAGUGGUGUAUUACUUCAACUACAUUUUUCAUCAGAAAUGGAAACAACAAGAAUUUACAAUAGAUUAAUUAAUGAAUUAGAGGCUUUAUCAACAAAUACUAAAAAAGAAAAAUCUGAUUUAUUAUUAAAAAUGACUUCAAUGAAAAUGGAAAUUAAAGACUUAGAAGAGGAAAUUAAAUACCUUCGUGAAUUAUUAGCAUCACGUGAUCCUUCUUUAGCUUAUUUAAAAAGUGAUGAAAAAGAACAAGAUAAUUAA